AUGCUCCCCACGGAAACUGUCCCUCGCUUCUUUGGUAAGAACGGCUUUGCCGAUGUCGACCCCAAGAAGGUGAAGAAGGACGGCUCUGGUCGAGGCAACUGGGGAACUGUCAACGAUGACAUCGCUGGCGAGCAGUUCACCUUCACCAAUACCCGCCGCCGCUCCAACAGUAGCAGCUUUUCUCAUGUUACUGAUUUCAAGACAAAGUUUGAGGUCAACGAGCCCGAGCCCGUGUUCGAGGAGUCGCUCCAUGGCCCCGAGGAGGAAGACCAUGAAGACCUCACCAAGACCGACUCUUCCGAGAGCGGUCGAUCUUCGUCUUGA